CCCUCACAGACCCCGCCAACGCAAAAUGAUCCUCACAAAUUGCGCCGCCUGCGCCGCUCCACUGGCCCACGACCACAAGAAAAGGUGUAGUAGGUGCAAGACCAGAUAUUGCAAGACGCGCGAGACGCGCUCCGCGCCCGCGAGACGAUGGCUUCCGACGACGACGACGAGAUUUCAUGCGAGGAACUCGCCAAGGCCUUGGGCUGCACGGUGGAGGAACUCGACGGAUAUUAAUCGGGGCGCGGGGCCGUAAGCGUCCAGGACGCGUUUCGGACGGCGCGCGCGAAACUCGCCCAAGAGCGGGCGGAGCUCGCCAAGACGCUCGCCGACGCGUCUGCGAGGCCAUCGCAAGAUGCACAAAAGUAAUAAAAACGACUAUGGUUUGCAUUUCUUCUAGAGCGCGUCCUGGCGCCACGGCACAGCUCAACCGGGCAGGACGUAGAGGAAUCGCCCGAGCGCUCAACUUACUCCCCCAACAAGAAAAACUAGGCCGCCGCCUCCCGCUCCACCAGCGAGAACCGCGGCAACAACCCCCGGUUCUUCCGCAGAUACCCCAGCACGGCCCCCUCCAGCAAUUUCCGCGUCUUCUCCGGCAGGUUGCCGCCGCCGACGCCGACGGCCUUUUCCCGCAGCUGCCGGAUCGCCUCCGCGUCGCGGCCCGCGUCCGCCUCGCCGACCAAUUGCUGUAUCAAAUCCCGGCCGAACUCGUCCUCGCGGAUCAUCUUGCUCAGAGCGUCGUGCAGGCCCUGGAAGCGGUCGUGCCGCACGGCCGAGCACCAGUCCUCCCGCAGGAAGGCGACCCAGUCGUCGACGACGCCGCGCUCGUAGGCCGCCCACGCGCCGUUUAAAUGGGCCUCUUGCCGGCCGACGACCGCCGCGAGGUUCCGCGGCUCGACGGGCGCUUUCCCGAGAUAAAUGAUCUCGCAGAGCAGUCCCGAACCGUCGACUUUGAGGAUGGAGUACUUGUCCCGCGCCGCGGCGAGGUCGCGCAGCGCGUGCACGCCGGAGCUCUUCUCGAGCAGAGCCUGGGCCUGCGUCGAUGGCGUCAAGCGUGACGGUCAGUAAGCGGUCGGCUCUCUCUCUCUCGCAGGCGGAAGAGCAGCAUACUCGGCGUAGCGACUACCGGGAAGGCAAAAAAAAGGACGCGGACCGCGCACCUCGUCGUUGCCCAGCAUCCCCGUCGGCAGCGCGGUCGCGUCGACCGGCACGGUGGGAAGCGCCGCGCGGCAGUAGAACAGCCCGCCCGGCAGCGUCGCCGACACGGCCCGUGCCUUGCGAAAGUCCGGCGCCUCGACGCUGGAAUCCGUGAGCCGCGCCAGCAGGCUCUGGGCCAGGCACGCGCCGAGCUCGAGGGAGUUGAACCGCUCCUGGCCCGCGACGUGGCGGCCCGCGGCGUAGAUGCUGUCGUCGCAGGUCUUGAACGUUGAAUCGACCGUCAGCGGGUAGUCCGUCAGCGCCGCCGCGUUCGCCGCGACAGCGGGCGUCGACGCGCCGACGACAAGGCCACACUUCAAAUCCACGAUUUCCGGCGGGGGCGUCGCGGGCCGCUCGACCCACGCCUCGACGUCGUCCUCUUGUGGAGGCGCCGGCGCCGGCGCGUCGUCCUGUUGCACCGGCCGCGCGAACCGCGCCGCGCUGAGAGCGCCAUUGUCUCGUACCAGCUCGGCGAAUUUCAGCCCGUACUCGACGGCCACUUCCAUAGACUGCUGAACGACGCGGUCGAUGACUUGAUCGCCGAGCGGCUCCAAUUGAUCAUUCUCGCAGGCUAUUUUGAUGUUGGACGCGGCCACCCCCAAAUCCAGGAGGCGCCGGGCCGCGGCUAGGGCAUCUAAGCCGCCGCCCACAAUAACCACGGAGCCCUCCCCGAGUUUCGACACCGCGUCGGCCAGCUCGUCCGAGGCGUUGUCCGAGGACAGCGACACGAAGCCAGAUAAAUCCGUGGCCUCCUCCUCCAUAUCUGACGGGACCUUGGUGAGCUCCGCCACAAUAUCGACCUCGGGCGAGUUCCAAUCGGCAAGGUCGCUCGCGUCGGGCAGGAGCUCCUUGCCCGCUUUCGUAACGAGGUCCCGCUGCGCGCUUUCCUGGAGGCCGUGGGCCAGCACCAGAAUGUCGUACGGCACUAACGCGCCGUCGGGCAAUUGUACAACCUUGGCCUCGGCGUCGACGGCCACUGCUCUAGCUUUGAUGACGCGCAGCCGCUGCCCCAGACCGAGCGCCUCGAACUCAAAAGGCUCGGGGUAGUCCUCGUCGACAACCACACCCGAAGCGCGAGAGAUACCAGGCUCGCUGAUCAGCGUGACGCGCUUGACGUUCGCCGUCGACGAGAGCAAUAGGGCCUUGAGCAUGCCGACGGCGCAGGUGCUCAGCCCUAUCACAACAAUCCGCGCGUUUACCUCCUGUGUAUAUCGACCGUUGGUACCGCGUCGCGUCGAUGGCGUUGGGGUGGCGUGGUUCGAUGGCGUGGGGGUCGAUGGCGCGUCAAAAGGGACGCCGGGAAAGAACAAGCCGCGGGUCCGACGCGAGGCGCCGCGCGAAGUAGUGCAAUAAAGUGCCGCCCGGUACCUCGUCGCCGCGCUUCCGUCCGAGCAGCUCAUCCCCGGGAUUGGGCGUCGCGCGCCACCGCGCCGGCACGGGCACCAGCGUCUCGAGGACGUGCAGAGGCACCACGUCUGAUGAAGGAGCCUCGUGAUAUAAUAAAGUCUUCUCGUACAAACGCAUCGCCUCCUUCAGCACGUAGCGCCCGAACGUGGCAAAUAUCGGGUUCACGACCAUAUCUGUUAGCACGGCCUGGGCCCGCGCGCGGUGGCGCUCAAAGGGCACGUAGGCCUCAAUAUCAUAGUUCGCCUUGUACCAGUCGAUAGCAUCCGUCGAGGCGCCUUUACGCGAGAGAUCAACAACGGCGACGACUUGCUCGUUCAUGAGCGCAACAAAGGCCGCCGUCGGCGGGUUGUCCUCCAUCUUCGUGUCUGCAUCAAUCGCGAACGACGAGACGUCUCCAAUUAACGCGGCGGCGCCCUCGGCAUGUAGUGACGGGUCGUAGCGCCUCACACUUAAAGAAGAAGGUGCGAGCAACGCGUCGCGAUGCAAUAAAUAGAGUGUAUGGGCAAAGGUCGAGCCCGCCCUCGGCGGGAUGGACACGAAGGCGUCCAGAAAUGCAGCUCUUUGUACCGUCGGCGGCGCCGUGACGACGCAGUACUUUUUGUCCGGCCACAACUGGAACAUGGCCGCGAAGAAGUCCGCCGCUCGCGACUCGUGCUGCGCGUCCAGGCAGAAGAGCGUCACGGCCAUGCAGUUUGACUCGACGGCCACCUCCUCCUCGGCGGCGAAGGCGGCCGGCGCGGGCGCGGCCGCCGGCGCAUCGGCCGGUUGCUCGGACGGUACUUGACCCUCCGUCGAGGAGCCCUUGACGAGGUUCCCGAAGGGCUGGAGCUCGAAGCACGCGCCGAGCGUCGCGACGUCAAUGUCUGUGGAGGCACUUAGUAAUCCGACCGCGUGGUCGUCGGCGACGGCGACGAGCUGCUUGUUGUUUUCAUCCGCAUUUUCAAUAAUUUCCGCGAGGAAGAAGUCCCCGAAGUGCUCCGCGAGGACUUCAGAUUGCGACUGGAAGAUCGGCAGCAAAUCAUCGGAGUCCUCGACGCAGGCGCCCCUCACUGACAGCGUCGGGGCGAGUUUCGUCCGAGGACAGUACGCUAAGUCCGAGUUUGCUAGGAGCGGCUCGGGCGACGGCUCGAGCACAUCAAACAGCUCGGCUAGCUCGGGAGGCGCUUCCGGCGACCGCUUGUCCGGCUGCCGCGCCAGAAUCAAGUGGUCCACACCUUUUAGAGUAGAGACGGCGAAGGUCAGACACGCUCGCGUAGCAGCGGUGUCUGCAUCAAGUGCCGCAGAGAAAUCAAUCCACGCACACGUGCCAAUCGCGCCACCCUCCGUAUAAUUCGCACAAAACGUAGAAGCCCAACUUUCGGCAUCGGCCGCUUUGCAGCGCGGCGGCGCGUCCCCAAUCACUAAAAACGCCUUCAUUUUGCCAUCCUCAACAGCUGAAAUACAGAGGUAGCCCGUCUCUAGUAAUUGAGCCACAUUAUAGUUCCCGUAGCGCUUGCGAUAUUUCGCCGCGCCGCCCGUCAGCGUCACGAGCGACGCGACGCCGGGGCUGUCGUCCGGGGUGGCCCUUCGGACUUCCAUUGCGCUUGUGUUUGCAGCAGUGGGCCGUGCGGCCAGGAGUGAUGGAGCACGUGAAAGUUUUGAGCUGUCUCGCACGAGGGCUGGGUAUGGGCAGCCCUUUUGCCUCGGGCGCUGGACUUGGGGCAGCCAGUAUCGGUAACUCCUAGCUAGCGUCGCAAGUGCCAGGCCGAUUCCCAGCACGUUCAGGAGUGGCACCCACGGCUCCGGACGGCUCGGAGACACGUCGGCCUCGCGGAAAACGCACUAGCACCGAUGAGCCUCCUCUGCGCAUGCGAGGCUGCCCCUAGCUGCCGCGCGGCGCAUCCGUGCCGCCACGACGCGAGACACAGCGCAGUAGGGCGCCCGCAACCGCCCCGGCCGGCACGCGCCAUCGCCGCGGCGACGGACGUACAUAAGACACAAUGGGAGCAGCGGCAUCGGUCGAGCGCGCCCUCGCGGCCGCGCCGGACCAGCUCUCGCGCGCGGCCUGCGACGAGCUGGCCGCGCGCCACGGCGUCGCCGUCAAGGACUCGCUCUUCGACGUCCUGGGGGCGGGGAAUGGGACGGUGGCCAAGGCCGCGGUCGUGCGCUUCUGCCAGCUCGACGCGCUCGCGCACGGCACCUGCGGCGCCGCCGCGGCGCCGCCGAAGACGCCCAAGGCCGCGCGCAAGACGGCCCGCGAGGUCGUGCGCCGCACGCUCCUCGCCAAGGGCGCGAGCCGCUUGUCGAAGGGCAGCGACAAGGGCUCGAGCCGACUAUCAGACGGCUCGAUUGACACGCUCCUCGCCAAGGGCUCCAGUAGAUUAUCAAACGGCACGAUGGACAAGGCGUCGCUCGACGCCGUGGGCGAGGGCCGCGCGCGCCGCGGCACGCUGCCCAAGGAGAAGGACGCGCCAGCGGAUUUGCCCGACGGUGCGACGGUGGCGCCGCCGCAACGGCGCCGGACGCCGUCCAUGUACCUCGGCGGCGCCCCGCGGGAGUCGGAGUCGGAGAAGAGAUUGAGGGAAUCCAUAAGGGCGCUCGGCGCCGAGACGCGCAUCCGCAUGGAGCUCGACCGGGCCACGGCCAAGGAACGGCGGCAGAAACGAUUAGAAGCUUUAAGGGUUCAGGCCGAGCAGGCCCUCGCGUCGCUCGAGGAGCUGCCCGAAGUUGAAAAGCGCCGCGUGCGCAACCAGGGCAUCCUCGCCUUGUAUACGCCCGAGAAUUUGGUCAAAAGGGAGAAGAUCCGCGAGGACCCGCGCGUCGAGAAUAUCCUGGGGAAGUGGUGGGCCGCGUCGUUACGCUAUGACGACAAAGACCGCGACGAGGGUUUGAAUCGGAGCGAGUACGCGGCCUGGCACUCUCGUUUGUUAGCGUUGUAUGCUGCUUUAGGAUUAGACGAUGAUCCGCUCACGGACGCCGAGAAGAACCGUAUUCUCGAGGAGGAUUUUGCUUUAGAUAGUGGCGGCGCGAAAGUCGUGGAUGAAGAGAAGUUCCUGCACGCCGUCUUCCAGGUGGCGGACCAGUGGGUCGAAAACAUCGACGCGGCGCAGUACGCCGAGUUUCUGGAGCGGGCCUACGAUGUUGUUUAUAGAGAGCUCGUCGACGCGGACGCGAUCAAGCCGCCCGACAGUUGGCUUACACACUUAAAAGGCAAGGCCAACAAACCGUGGGACCUGAACCGGACCUGCGAGUUCGCGGCCGAGAUGUACCGCCUGAAGCUGGAAGGUAGGGGCAAGCCCAAGGUCUGGGGCCAGACGCUCGGGCGCUUCGUGCUCUCGCACAUCAAGGAGCGGUUCGGCCCGGGCAACUACCGCAAGCAACUCAGCGGCUUCGUGCAGCGUAUUCUACAAGUCGUCGAGGCGCCGCCCGAGGACCCGGCCAUCUUCGCCUGGUUGUUGUUGUUUGCGCAAUUGGCUGGAUUUCAUUCCCGAAGCUCGCGCUUGCCCGCCUUACCACCAGCCGCGGAGCAGUACGUCUUAGAUACCUUAGCGGCGUCCGCCGAACUCAUCUCGGAAGACGACGCGACCUACUCCCUCACGGCGUGCAUGGAGAGGCCCGGCAACAAAGCCUUGGUCGGCCACAUCCGCGCGGACGCCGCGAAGAAGCUGUUGCUGUCGUUGCUGAAGAAGGCGCCCUUCGAAGACGAACCGCCCGAGUUCGCCAAGGCCAUGGAGUCCGCCUUCCGGUCCAUCGUCUCUAGCAAAUCCGUGGGGCAAGCCGAGCUUUUGACGCUCGUCGCGGCGGGCUACGUGGCAGCGUCGUGCCCGGGCGUGCUCCGCGCGGACUAAUAGGCGUCCUCCCCAUGUCCCCGACCCUGUAAGCUUCGUGUGCCAUUUCUCUCGCGGACUCGACUAAGGUACCGCAUGCGGCACAUUAGUGAAAUCCAAGAUCUUACACAGUAGACUUAUGCGCCGUCGUCGUCCGAUUGCGACGCGAGCACGUUUUCAAAUUCGGCGUCGAGCCCGUCGUCCGAUCGCGGAACGACCAGGCCCGCGUCAGGGUGGAGCUCUCUCUGGUGGAGCAGGUAGAGGGCGACCCUUUCAAAGAGGCCCAGAAGCGCCGGAGAACAACUCCCUUCGCGCAAUUUGUCCGCGGCCCGCCUGAUGAAUUGCUCGAAAACGGGGCCCGCGUACUUAAUGAACGGCGCGCGCUCGGCCGUGUUCAAGCUAAAGAAGAAUUCCGGCCACUCGAGUGCAUAAUCUAGAAAUAGCACGGGCCGGCCCAAGUCCCCCAGAAUAAAUGCGGUCAUAAACAGCUCCUUCUUGACGGACUUUGGGGCUUUAUAUCCUUGCCGGGCCGCUAGUUCCAACCCAACAGCCCUCGCCCCGAGCUCGUGACCGAGUUGAUCAAUGAUGUUCUGAGCGCCGCACCAGUGGGCAAAUCGGGCGAUCCCGGAGAUGUCGUCGAACGCGAAAUCGGCCGGCGUUUUUGUCCGUGGACCAAGGAAGGGAUAACAGAGCGCCAAAAAUUGCACGACCGUCCGCGCCGAGUGGUCGCCGAGCACCGGGACGUCGCCCGCCUCGGGCAGGUCCUGGAUCAUCGUGCAGUUGAUUUUCAGGACGGCCGCGCACGCCGGAAUGCGCGUCUCUUCGCCGUCCUCCGUCACGACGAAGAACAGGUCGGUCUCGAACGCCGGGUAAAAUUGCUCAACUUUGGGGAUUGUGUCUAUUUGGGGGUCCCGGAUGCAGUUUCACGACAGGCUCGCUUUGCGACGCUCAAGAGGGAGCUCUAAAAAGCUCUUAAAGCAAGAAACUGGUCUGUUAUUGAGGGCCUCGCACAAGAGCUCUCUGGAAAACCCGUGUCUCACUGGUGUUCCCGCAGUGGUAGAACUAAGAGAAACUAUUACUUCGCAUCUGUUGCGGGAGGCGGCGACGCCCACGGGUCCCACGACCCGAGCGCCGCCGCGUGCCGGAAGCCGCACGCGACCGUCGAAGCCGAAAAGCCUGACAAAGCCUCGACCUUCUUCGGGUGCGGCUCGCGCGCCUUGUCGCCAUGACCCAAACAUUUCGAGCCGCCCUGGCCGAAGGAGUACAGCACGCCGUCGGUCGACUCGACCAAAGUGUAGCCGCCGCCGCACCAGACGCGCUUUGGCAAAGGGACCCUGCCGCCCUCCUCCUCGAACAAGUGCGGCGCGGGGCCCAGCGCGAGCUUCGCGCCCCACUGUAGCAGUUCGGCAUCGGUAGACACGACGGCCACAUGAGAAUGACCAGCAGCCACCGCUGUCGCCUGCAACGGCACGUCGUCCCGUUCCACUAUUAUAGGUAAGUCCUCGAGCGCGUAGACGUCCAUCGCCAGGCCCCCACCUAAACCGAGCUGGCCCUGGUCGUUGCGGCCCCAGACUCGGACUAAGCCUUCCGAACACCUCGUGACCGUGAAGGCCGAACCGGCUUGGGCUUCGACAAUCUCCACGUCGUCGAGCGCCGUGACCGGUUCCGGCUUCAGGACGUCAGAACUCCCACCGUUGCCAUUCCUACCGUGCUCGCCCGCGCCGCAGGUCCACACUUCCCCAUCGGACGUGAGGAAGACCGAGUGGGCCUCGCCCGCGGAGAUCGAGGUGACUGGAGCUUCCUCCAACGCGCCUUCGAUCAGAGUAGGUUCGAAGACGUGGUCCCGCGAACCUUGCCCCAGGUGGCCGCCGCCCGAGACCCAGGACCCGCCCCAGCCCCACGCGUAGCACCGGCCGUCCUUGUCCAAUGCUAAUGAAUGACUUUCGCCGCAGGCGACCUUCACGAUCUCGACGCCCGCGAAGCCCUGUAGCAUCUCAGGCUUGUGUCGGUCGGCGUCGUCGCCGUGGCCCAGCUUGCCGUUCUCACCCUUGCCCCAGGACCAGACCUUUCCAGAACCGUCCACCGCUAACGUGUGGUUCGUGCCGCAGGCGAUGUCGCGAAAGUCGACACCCUCGAGUUGUCUUGGAGUCAGCUCCAAAUACUGCUUCAUGAGCCCGGACGUGACGAAGGGGUAGUGGCCUAGUUCGCCGUGCGUGCCCUCGCCCCAGGUCAGGCAGACGCUCGAGGACGUGGACGCGCGGCGGACCGCGAUCGCUGUCGAGCGCGCGGCGACGCGCGUGGUGGCGGCGAGCAUGCUGCAGUCAGUGGUUGCUACCGCAGCGAUGCUCGUCGGCGGCGCAGCUCUUCCUCGUGAUUGAUACGAUGAAUCUCCAGUAAAGUAAACCCUGUGGCGGCUGCGCCGUGCUAACUCCAGGACACGACGUCCCUUUAAUCCGCGAGACCUAGCUGCUGUAACACACUAGCUAGCUACAAACCGGCCGAAAAAUCAAGGGCAGCCGCAAGGGCAGCUAUUUUUGUUUAUUUAAGCGAUCACGGACGCUAGACUAACCCUUGCGACGGCGUAGUUGCAAGGAGAAACAAACAAAAUAGCAAGGGGCAGCAUUUGAUGCAAAGCUAGUCCAAGCAGCAAUUAAAAAAAAAUGCGACGACACCGCGGCAAGCCGCAGCCAUGGCACAACAAAGCGCCGCUCAAGGCCCUGGCCGCCGUCCUCCUGGUGGGCGCUCUGGUGGUAGCGGUGCGCCAGCAGACGCACAACGAGUGGGAAUCCGCCGAGAGCACAUCCGCGGAGGCGCUGCGCGCGCUGCGCGCCGCCGACGCAAGGGCUCGCGACGCCGAGGCGAAGGCCGCGGACGCCGACCACGCGCUGCACGAGGUGCGGCACACGGCCUCGACGCGCAACGAGCUGAACCAGGCGCUGCGGGCGCGGGCCCAGGCCGCCGACGCCGCGGCGGCGGCGGCCGAAGCGCGGGAGCAGGCGAGCGAUGCGCGCGCGAAGGCGGCCGAGCGCCGGGCGGCGCAAGCCGAGGCGGCGCUCCGGGCGAGCGCCACGAGGCCAUUGGUUAAAAGGACGGGCCCGUUCAGGCACGUGAACGUUCAAAAAGCACCGGGCGCGCCAGUCACCUAUCCCCCGGGCCAGCGCCCGUCGUGGAUGACGCAGGUCGACUGCUCGGCCUACGACUACUCCUGCGCGUCGUCGCGCAUGCGCGGCGCCUACGAGGCCUACCCGCUGCAUCGGCCGCCGGGCGAGAUCUCGGACACGCUUUCACUAGAUUCGGACGGCGGCGCCGCGUUCCGCAAGCGCGUUCUCGAGCGGCUCGUCGCGCCGGCCGCGCCGGCCGCGGCGCCGUCGCGACGGUGGUGGCUCGCGGCGACGGCCUCCGACGACGGCGCCGUGCAAAUCUCCAAGGACCCCGAAAAGACGCGGCGGGCGCUGGAGGCGUCGCGCUUGACGUCGCUCGACGACCGCCUGCAGGCCGCCGUUUCCUCGGAGGGCGCCGUGCCGGGCGCCACGGUCCUCGCGGCGCCGCUCAGCAGGCGCCUGGCCUGGACGAUGAUGGACAAAAAGUACGCGCACGACAUGCUCUUCGACGUCGCGCACAUGGCGCGGCACGUCGCCGGCUUCGAGAAGCUCGUCGUCGUCGCGCUUGAUCAAAAGACGACGCGCGCCUGCGCCGCGGGCAGCAUCAGCGCGGCGUUCGCCGGCGCGGCACAAACGAGCGGCGUCCAGGCGGCCGGCAAGAUGAAGGGCGUGUCGAACGCGCUCGUCGAGGUUGUGCAGGGGGCCAAGUUCAAGGCCUCGCUCUGGUUCGUGCAGCACAACUACGACUUUGUGUUCUUCGAGGCCGACGUGUGGUUCACGAAAUCCAUUGAUGUAUUGUGGAGCGCCGCGCACCGCGACGUCGUCACUUAUCAGGAGUCGCGCCGGGCGCCGCUCGAGGACUUAGAUCUGUACGUGGCGGCGCACCAGAACAACCCCACCUCCACGAAUAUUGGGGUUUACGCCGCGCGCGCGACGGACGCUUCUAGGGAGUUCUUUUCUGGGUUACUGGAAGAAAUGCGCCUCAAGCCCCACAAGCACGACCAGCUGUUGUUCCACAAUUUGUUGACGUGGCACCGCAUGAAGCCGACGCAGCCCGUCGCCAAGGAGUGGCGCGACGCUCCCAAAAUACCGAAGCCACAGAACCCGGCGGCCUGGGCGUUUAUUGAUAAUCACAUGGGCGUCGCGUCGACGCACCCUAUAAUAACACAGGACACGGCCUUCGUCCACACGUUGGGGAAUAUGCCCCUGGAUUCGCAGGAGGGCAAGAAGAUCCACGCCAAGGAGCUGGGCGGCUGGCACGGGCUCGGUACUCCCCCGGGGACGCCUAGUUAUUACGGCCCCUCGGCGCACGACGGCCGCACGAAGUACCUGGCUUUAGAUGGUUCUCCCCUGAACGGCAUCUCGCUCUGCGAGCGGGACGGCUACCACAACGGUAGGAUAGCGAAAGCUAGAGUGGCUGUAUUAUUAGCGUUGGCGGCGUACACGGGCCGCGUUUUGUUACUACCGCGCAUCGUCGUGGACUACCAUCAAUAUUUACUAUGGACGUUCCUCGAUUUGGAGAGUGUGGGCUACGGCGUCGAGUGGCGCGAGACGAACUUCCCCUCGAACCCGCGGAGCUGGAAGAACGGCACGCACGCGUUCGGGUCGACGGCGCGCGUGUCGCUGCAGAAGCACUCCGUGGGGACGAUGACCUCUUCUGGACCGCGGUGGGCGGCUUUUGAAUCGACCUCGCCGCGGCGUCCUGGCGAGAUGGCCGACGUCCUGGCCUCUGCUUUGAAACCGCACGGCGACGCGGAGCUUUUAUUGGUCGAUCUGGCCUUUGCGGAUGGACGAUUUGUGUCGGAGCUCACAAACUGCAGAAACGAGAAGGAAUGUGAGCGCCGCGGCGUGCCAUGGGAGCUCGUCCAGCUCUACAGAAAGCUGCGGUGGUGUGGGCAGACCAUCGACCUCGACCGCUUCGCGGCCAAGUCGUUCCAGGGCUGGGACUGCUGGGGGAAGGGGCGGCCGCCCGGCCCGCCUCAGUAAGUUGUUGUGUAUUACUCCUCCCAGUCGUAAGUCUGGUAGCCGCGUGGUGACAUGCGGUUCGUGAUGCGUGCGAGCGGCCGCAGGAAGUAGUCGCGCAGUUUUCGUUGCGUCCAGUCCGCCUGGAUCAUCACCACGAAUAAAGCCGCCGCGACCACCCGUAAAAAGCGAAUCCACAGCGGCGGGAACGGCCGGAAGGGCGCCUGCUCCCGCUCCAGGCGCUCGGCGUCUUACGCGUCGUCUCUUCUUCAUCUACAGCGCUUCGAAGAAGCCAAGGCAUUGUUGCGCAUAAUGUUGCCCGUGGCGCGACGUGUCCUCGGAGAGAAUAAUGAGAUCACGCUCAAGACGCGGGCAAUUUACGCGAGGUCGCUCUACGAGGACCCGGCCGCCACGCUCGACGAUCUCCGAAAGGCUGUAACGACGCUCGAGGAAAUUGAACGGACUGCGCGGCGCGUGCUCGGCGGCGCCCAUCCGCUGACAACUUACAUUGAGCGAUGCCUGCGAUGCGCGCAAGCCGCGCUCCGCGCCCGCGAGACGCCGCCGAGCAGCCCGGGGGCAUAA